GGGCUCAAGUAUGUCAAGCAAUCUACCCUGCACAAGCCAUCCAGUCUAUCUUUAGCCGCAGUGAGCAAGUGAAUGGAAGGGCCUGACUUAUCUUCACUGCUGUCAUCGAGGCUGCCGGUAUUUUUAGGGGACAGCAGCAGCUGCAAAAGCAUUUAACGGUCUUCCAUGAACAAUGACACUCGGGGUGUCUCAGGACUGAACGCCACAGAGAUUGUGGGACCGUUGGUCGAGAAGCCUACGCAAAGGGGGCUGACGGGCCAAACGAGGAACGCUUUGCCAGACCCAGGAAGCGAACGAGACACGGGCAGAGUGGGGCCUGACAAGAUGGACAUACAAAGUACCGGACACUGAUAAGGAGGAGCCUCUUCUUUGCACAAGCACAUUCACUGCCAAAGGAAAAAAAGGGGAUUAUAAAUUGGUGGCCAAGGCAAUAUCAUACGGAGGAGAGACUCAACUCAAGCCUGGGAAUAAGAGAGGUGGUGUGUGUGUGGCUGUAGGUGAGGACGAGUGGCUCGGGGAUGUGUGUUGACAGUCAGCCCUGAGGACUGAGGAGAUAUCUAUUCAACCCACAGGUAGACGGCUGAGCCGAUUGUGCGACACAGAGAGCUGCAUGCCAGUGGGGGUGAGCUAAGGAGCAGAGAUGGACGUGUUCGGAGGUGCGCCCCGCUUUCUGGCCUACCCUCGCCCUGUGGUGGUGCAAACAGGCACAGACGGUGUCCUGAAGUGCCAGAUUGGUGGGGACCCUCGGCCAGCGGUCAUAUGGGAGAGAAACAAUGAGCAGAUCCACGCGGAGGGACGUUACCGUGUGUUUGAGGACGGCAAUGUGUACAACCUCAUUAUUACUGGAGUAAACUCAGAGGACAGUGGGCAGUACAUAUGCAAGGCCAAGAACUGCAUUGGGGAAACGUAUGCAGCGGCGACUCUGAAAGUGGAGGGAGAGGCUCAGGAGUUGGAACUGAGGGAAGAGAACAAGCCUCGUUUCCUCAUCAAGCCACUUUCCACACGUGUCGCCAGGGGUGAGGACGCAGUGUUUUCUUGCAAGCUGUGGGGCAACCCCCGUCCUGAGGUCGUCUGGGAGAAAGACGGCAGGAAGCUGAACGAGAUCUUCGAGAGCACCCAUUUCAGCGUAGGGUACCAAGAAGGGGGAUGGUUUCAGCUUAAGAUCUUUAAAACCCGGGCGCCUGACGGAGGUGUGUACACGUGCAAGGCCAGGAAUGAGUUUGGGGAGGGUCUGGCCGGAGCUGUGCUGCUGGUGGACGCUGGCCCGGGCCACGACGAUGAUGGAAACAGAAAUGGUUACACAAACGGACACUGGAAGGGCCAUCAGGGAAAACAGAGGAGUGGGAGGCAGGUCACGUCACGUCUAAAGGACGACCCUCUGCCAAACUCGACCAAAGUAAAAAUGUUUGCAGUGACUGAGGGAAAACAUGCUAAGUUUCGUUGUUAUGUGACAGGGAAACCUAAACCUGAAAUAAUAUGGAGAAAAGAUGGCAGACUUAUCUUGUCUGGACGUCGCUAUCUAUUAUACGAAGACAGAGAGGGCUACUUCACUCUGAAAGUACUCUACUGUAAACAACAAGACAAUGGAGUAUAUGUGUGUGCUGCAUCAAACUCUGCAGGACAAACUCUUAGCGCUGUACAUCUAUCUGUGAAAGAGCCACCUGUGAGGUUCAAGCAGCCGCUCUGUGAUCUGCAAGUCUGGGAGCGAGACCUGGCCAUUCUCGAGUGUGAGGUGCCAGAGGACUCUGUUCCUAUCACAUGGUACCUGGAGGACAGGAGGCUACAGCCAGGAGCCAAAUAUGGGAUGGAGGAGUGGGGGACAAAGCGCAGGCUCACAAUCCGUGACAUCGGGGUCGAUGACGACGGCAUCUAUCUCUGUGAAAUGCCAGACGGUGGGAGAAGCAUUGCUGAAGUAGCUGUCAAAGGUACAAUUGUCAGAAAACUUCCCAGAAAAGUGGAUGUUCUAGAGGGAGAAAAUGCCGCCUUCUGUGUGGAGGUGGAGGAGGAAGAGAUGGACAUCCACUGGUAUAAGGACGGGGUAGAGCUGAGGGAAACUCAUCAAACCAUUCUGAAGUCUUUCGGCAGAACUCAUAUUUUGGUAUUUGUCAAUACCACACCACAAGAUUCUGGUCUAGUGAUAUUUUACGUGGGCAGAUCAAAGACUUCAUCUCAGCUACGGGUGAAAGCGGUGAGGCACUGCCCCCCUAGUUGUCCAGUGGGGGUACAGAUAAACACAGAGCGUGCGAACGCAGCACUCCUCUCCUGGGUUCCCGCCCCCGACUCUCGGAAGAACCCCCCCUCGGGAUACGUUCUGGAGAGACAGGAGGUAGGCUCCCAGGAGUGGCUACAGUGUCUAACCACUGACUCAGCCACUUCAGUGGAGAUCCUGGGCGAUAGCGUGCCAUGCGAGGCAGACUACCGAUUCCGCAUUUGCAGCGUCAACAAGUAUGGGAGGAGUGGCAACGUUGAGUUCCCUCGCGCUGUUCAUCUGGUUCCCGUGGCAAGAAUACAAGCACCACUUCAGGACGCUCUAGUUCCAGAGGGCCAGGAUGCCUGCUUCACUAUUGAGCUGUCUGCCUCUGUCAUUGGCACAUGGUUCUUAAAUGGUACCCAACUGCAGGAGGAUGAUCGAUUCUCCAUGCGGCGCACACGUACCCAUCAGACCCUGCGGAUACGUGGGGUACGAGACAUGGAUAAUGGCGCUGAAAUCACAUUCAUUGCCUAUGGAAUUAGAGAUUCAGCUGCGCUCUAUAUCCAAGCUCCACUUGUAAAAUUUACAACCCUGUCAGAGAUGGACAGAAACAAGUUUGUUGAAGUAGGAAACCCAAUAGUGCUCUAUUGCGAGUUGUCCGACCCUGAGGCCCCAGUCCACUGGUACAAGAAUGGUGUCGAAUUGCAUUCAGGCGAGGGUCUCGCCAUCCAAUCAGAAGGAACCAUGAGGAGGAUUGUCAUCCAGUCAGCAGAGUUCUCUCACUCAGGGGUGUACAGCUGUGAUGCCAUCGAUGAUGUCAUAAGAUUUAAUGUGGAAGUAGAGGCCCCACCUGCAAGGUUCUCACUGCUUCCUGAUUCUGAGAGAAGCAAAUCCAUUGAAGUUGGACGACCCAUUGUGCUACAGUGUGAGCUCUCAGAUCCCACUGCCCAGGUCUACUGGUACAAAGAUGGAACAAAGCUCCAACAGCAAAGUGGUCUAAGCAUCCAGACAGAUGGCAAUAAGAGAACACUUGUUGUCCAGUCGGCUGAGUUUUGCCAUUCUGGGAUAUACAGCUGCAAGGCAAAAGGCGAUGCUGUCCAGUUCAAUGUGGAUGUCAAAGCUCCUCCAGUGAGGUUCUCAGCUAUCCCUGAGGCUGAGAGAAGAAAGAGCAUUGAGGCAGGCUGCUCCUUCAUGCUGCAGUGUGAGGUAUCCGACCCCACUGGCAACGUCCUUUGGCAUAAGGAUGGAACGCAGCUCAGUGUAAAAUCUGGACUAGAAUUCCAAUCUAAGGACAGCUUAAGGACAUUGCAUAUCGAGUCCACCGAACUGUCUGACUCUGGCAUGUACAGUUGUGCAACCAAGGAUGAUGCCAUCGAAUUUCAUGUGGAAAUCAGAGCUAAGCCACUGAGGUUCGCUGCUGUGUCUGAAGACGAGAAGAGCAAAUGCGUUGAAGCAGGCUGCCCUUUUCAACUGCAAUGCGAACUGUCAGAACCCUCUGGUACAGUCUGUUGGUAUAAGGACGGCAAAGAGCUUCUUCCCGAGAUGGGACUGGAUGCUCAGGCGGAUGGCACCAUGAGAAGGCUGGCAGUACUGUCGGCAGAGAUGUGCCAUGCUGGAAAGUACAGCUGUAAGACAUCGGACGACUCUGUCCACUUCACUGUGGAGAUCAAAGAAUUAUCCUCAGCUCAACCAGUGAAGCUCUCAGCCUUGCCGAAGGCUGUAAAAUGUGAAUUUCCUGAUGAAGGCCUCUCAGCUGGUAUAGACUGUGAGAUCUCAGACCCUAUUGCCAUGGUGUGCUGGCACAAGGACGAAGUAGAGCUCAUCUCAAAAACGGAACCUCAAAUCAAACCGGAGGGUUCAAGAACCGUGGUUGUCCACUCGAGACAACCCACUGGCUCGGGAAAGUACGACUAUGUGAAAGAGGAUGGUGUCAUCCAGUUAGAUGUACAAGAUCAAGCACCGCCUGUGAAAUUUGAAGUGGCUCCCGAAGUUGAGAAGAUUGAGAGCAUUGACCCUGGUGUAACCACUGUGCUCCCAUGGGAGAACUCUGAAUCCACAGCUCAGGUCUGUUGGAACAGAGUUGGAACUGAGCUGCUGCAUGAAGCUGGAACUAUGAUUCAGCCCGAAAAUGCCGUGAGAAAAGUGACAAACCUUCACAUGGCUGAGCUAUCCCAGACAGGGAUAUGCAACAGUGUCACGGCAAACGAUGCCUUCCAAAUUAAUGUGGACAUCAAAGGUGCAGAGCCUACUCACUCUGAUCUGCUCAGUGAGAUUUCUGAUGACUCUAUCCCGUGCACUGUGGAAAGGAAAGCUGGACCUAUGAGAUUUGCAGUCAUACGUGAAGUUGAGAAGUACAAGUCUAAUGAAGAGAGAAGUCUACAAAAUGUUGACUAUGAGAUGUCACAUCCAGCCACCAGCCCUGCUGAUGGGUGCAUAGAUGAAGAAGCUCAACAAUCACCAACCAAUGCAACAACUAUACAAACAUACACAGGCCAAUCAGAAGAGCUAUGGCCCUUGAAACACCGUCAUGAGGAUGACGAUGUCAAAACAUUUAAGGUGGAUGUUGAAGCUCCCUCAAUGGAAAAUACCACACCUUCUGAAGUGGAGAGACAGAUAUCCAAUGAAGCAGAAAAUUCUGUAGUAGAGGAUAAUGACACUGGACGCCCUACUGCCGAGGUGGUCUUGUGCCGAGAUGAAUUACGUGAUGAACCAGAUGUUCUCCAGCAAGAUACGGUGGAAAUGCAAUCACUUGGCACGGUGGAGGAAAUGGUGGUCGUACCAUCUAUGGUGUUUCAUAGAGAGGAGGUCGUCUGUGAGACCCCGGAGCGCACAGAACAGUCUCAUGAAGACGUAAAAGACACACAAGUGACAAUUGCAGCUGUCCCAGAGAUUGAGAGGAACAAAUCCACUGAUGCUGGCUGCCCAGUUCAACUACAGUGUGAGGUCUCAGACCCCAGUUCUCCAGUCUUUUGGUACAAGGAUGGCACUGAGCUCCAUCCUGAAAAUGGAUUAAUUAUCCAAUCAGAGACCCCCACUAGGAGACUCAUUACUCCAUCACCACAGCAGUCUCACACUGGAGUAUAUAGCUGCAAGACUGUGGAUGAUAUCAUUUUAUAUAAGGUGGAUGUCAAAGCUCCUCCACCGAUAUUUUCCGCCAUUCCCGAAGCGGAGAAGAACAAAUCCAUUGAGGCAGGCAGCCCUAUUGUCCUGCGAUGUGAAAUCUCAGACCCCACCACUGAAGUCUGCUGGUACAAAGACGGAGUGAGACUCCACCCGCAAAGUGGCAAUGCCAUCUUAUCGGAGGGCACUCUCAGAACUCUUGUUGUCCAUGCAGCAGGGCCAUGUCACGGUGGAGUGUACACUUGUGAGACUAAGGACACGGCACUCCAGUUUGCCGUGGACAUAAAAGCUCCACCAGUGAAGUUUUGUGCCAUACCUGAAGAUAAGCAGAACCGGUGCAUUGAAGCAGGCUGCCCUUUUGAACUCGAGUGCGAGAUAUCAAAUCCUGCUGCUCAUGUCACCUGGUACAAAGAUCGUAGAGAACUGGAACCCCAAGGUGAAAUUGAGACUCUGUCUGAGGGGGCCAAGAGAAAGCUGUCUGUCCCAGCAGCUGAGGUUCACCACACAGGGAUAUACACCUGCAAGACAGCAGACGAUGCCAUCAGAUUUAAUGUGGAUGUCAAAGUUCCAUCACCAAGGUUCAUACCACUUCCAGAAGUAGAGAGGAACAAGUCUGUCACAGUAGGCCAGCCAAUCGUGCUCAAAUGUGGGAUUUCAGACCAUAAUGCUGAGGUCAGCUGGUAUAAGGAUGGAGAACAGUUGUCUGGGAAACAUGGAGUGACUAUGGAGACAGAGGGAAACGAGCGAAAACUCAUUGUUGCAUCAGCAAGUCUUUCUGACUCCGGGCAAUACAGCUGUGCUGUUGCUGAUGAUGCCGUUUCAUUCAAGGUGGAUGUUCAAGCUGUUCCUGUGAGGUUCUCAGCACUUCCAGAUGUUGCAAGGAACAAGUUUGUUGAAGCAGGAUGUCCCAUUGUGCUACAGUGUGAGCUCUCAGACCCCACUGCCCAGGUUUCCUGGUUUAAGGAUGGAAAUCAAGUCCUCCCAAUAGCUUGUCUUGACAUCCUAUCAGAGGGCUCCUUCAGGACUCUGAUCAUCCAAUCAGCAGAGUUGAGUCACUCGGGAGCAUACACCUGUCACUCUGAGGAUGAUCGCAUAGCAUUCAAGGUGGAUGUUGCAGCUUCGCCAGUGAGGUUCUCAGCUGCCCCAGAGGUUGAGAAGAGCAAGUCCAUUGAAGCAGGCCGUCCUAUUGUUCUCCAUUGUGAGAUCACAGACCCUACUGCCCUGGUUCAGUGGUACAAGGACGGAGAGCCGCUUCUGCCUCAGUCGGGAAUUUACAUCCAGUCAAAUGACACCACGAGGACACUGGUUAUCCAGUCAGCCGAGUUUACCCGCUCUGGGUUGUACACUUGUAAAACAGCUGAUGAUAUCAGUGAAUUUUAUGUGGACGUGAAAGCACCUCCAGUGACAUUUGUCUAUGUCCCCGAAGAAGAUCUCCACAAGAACAUUGUGGAACAAGAAUGUCUCACCUUGUCAUGUGAGGUGUCAAGGGCUGAUGCCAUGACUCAGUGGUAUAAGGAUGGAGUUGAGGUGCAGCCUGAUGACAAUUCCUCACUGCAGACAGAGGGCACAGUACGCAAGCUUACAAUCCAGGCGUCACAGCUAUCAGACUCUGGAACAUAUACCUGUCGUGCAGGAGACAGCGUCUUAAUGUUUAAGGUCAACGUAAGAGAGCCACCAGUCAAAAUUGUGUUCCCAAAAGAAGAUGUCCACUUGGAUCGUCAUGUCCCAGAGGAGAUAGUGCUGAGUUGUGAACUCUCCAGGCCCAAUGCUUCUGUGACUUGGUUCAAAGAUGGCCAGAAGUUGCAGGAAAGUGAGAAUAUCAAACUGAAGACUGAAGGGCCAUACAGACGACUUAAGAUUCUGCGCAGUGGUGUAGAGGAUUCUGGGGAAUAUGUCUGUGAUACAGCUGAUGACAGAAUAUUCUUCCAGCUGAACAUAACAGAGCCACCUGUGCGUAUUAUAUCUCCAAGCCAGUCCCAAAUGGAACUUUGUCAGCAGACUGCAGAGCGGAUGGUGCUAAGUUGUGAGAUCUCCAGGGCUAAUGCAGUAGUUCGCUGGUACCGGGAUGGGCUUGAGGUGGAGGAAAACGAUAAUCUUAUUCUGGAGGUGGAUGGAGUCUACAGGAGGCUUAUCAUCCCAGAGACUACUGUUAAAGAUUCUGCUGAAUAUGUCUGCGAUACUGGUGAUGAUUCAGUCACCUUCUUUGUAAACAUUGCAGAACCCCCAGUGAGGUUUAUCCGUCCAAGAAAAAUGGCUUGUGGAGUGGACGUCUUUGUGGGUGACCCUAUUUUGCUUGACUGUGAGGUAUCAAGAGCAAAUGCUGAGGUGACCUGGAAAAAGAAUGGUGAGGAAAUUGAAGAAAGCACUAAGGUCACCAUAUUUGAAGAUGGUCUGAUUCGCCAGUUAUCCAUCCUGUCUGCUACCCUGGAGGAUGCUGGCCAAUACAUGUGCGAUGCAAAGGACGAUGUCAUGGACUUCCACGUCAGUGUCACAGAGCCACCUGUUCAAAUCCUGAGAAAAGACGAGAUAGUGACAGAAAGGCACAUAGUCGCACCUGAUGACAUUGUGUUGAAGUGUGAGUUGUCUUGCUCUGACGGAACUGUCGACUGGUACAAGGACAAUGAGCGGGUUGUGGAGAGUGAGCGCCUAUCAUGUGAGGCUGAGGGAGCGUUUCGAACCUUGGUCAUCUUAAACGCAGAGAUUGCUGAUGCUGGAGAGUACAUCUGUGAUGCAAAGGAUGACAAGGUUCAAUUCUCUGUUACAGUUGAAGAGGCACCAGUGACCAUUCUAGGAAAUUCAGAGCACCCUGAACAUCAUAGCCUGGUAGCAGGAGAUGACCUGAUAUUGGAGUGUGAGGUGUCUCGGUCUAAUGCGCCGGUUGAAUGGUACUGCAAUGGAAGGUUAUUGAACCCAGACUCGCGAACACACAUAGAAAGUCGAGAGACAGUGAGGAAGCUUGUCCUUACGUGCCUUGAACUCUCAGACGCGGGGGAAUACAUGUGCGAUGCCGCGGAUGACAAAAUGAUAAUCUUGGUGAGAGUCCAAGAACCACCGACAAAGUUUCUCAAUACAGAAGAAGAGAACAAGAUUGUCACCAGUGAGAAUGACAAGGUUACACUUUGUGCCAAGGUGAAUAAGGAGAGAGCCAAAGUUCGUUGGUUGAAAGACAAGGAGCCCCUCAUGGGCAGUCGUUUCAAAACUAGCACUGAGGGAAAGAAUCAUUACCUCGUCAUUGACCCAGUGAAGAAGUCAGACUGUGGUAGAUUUGUGUGUGAUGCAAGCACAGAUGAGAUGAACUUCACUGUGCUUGUCAAAGAACUAAAGGUGAAAUUUUCCAAGCCUCUGGAAAAUGCAAUCGGCCUAAAGGAUAGUGACCUCGUUUUGCGAUGUGAGCUCUACAAGCCGAGAGGAGAUGUCCAGUGGCUCAGGGACAAUCAAGAGAUAACCCCCAGCCACCACUUCACAAUCAGAGCCAAUGGCUGUGAGAGGAGCCUCACCAUACACAAUGUCACAUUGGAGGAUGCUGGAGUUUACACCUGUGAAUCCAAAGAUGAGAGGACAUGUGCAACUGUUGAAGUGCAAAAGCCUCGCAUUGUUGAGUUUAUUGCUGAGUUGCACAACAUUACUGUCAUGGAGGGAGAGGAUGCCACAUUUAGAUGUGUCCUGUCGCCGGAGGACGCUAAACUCGAGUGGUGCAUGAAUGGCAAGCCCAUUGUUGCAGACGAGAAGUUCACCAUGUCUAGCAGCGGCCUGUCCCACACUCUUCACAUUCAUAACUGCCAGGUCGGAGACACCUCCAGGGUAACUGCUGAAGCCGAAGGAGUGGUGUCCAAGGCCAGUCUUCGAGUGCAAGAGGCACAGGUGGUGUUUACCAAGAAUAUGGAGGAUGUCGUUUCUGAGGAGUUUGGGGAGGCCACGUUGGAGGUGGAGGUCAGCCUGGACUCUGGCGAGGUGCAGUGGAUGAGACACGGGCUAGUCAUACAAGUCGGGCCCAAGUUCACCCUGAAACAAAUUGACAGGAAACGUAGCCUGAUCAUCCACAAGCUCGUCCUCUCUGACCGCGGCACUUACAGCUGUGAAACGCUCCACGACCGCACACAGGCAAACCUCAGCGUGGAACCGAGAAAAAUAAAAAUUCGCAAAGGUCUGAGUGAAAUUCAGACUUUUGAGCGUGAGACAGCCUCAUUUGAGGUGGAGCUGUCCCACAACAACGUCGAGGCAGUGUGGCAGAAGGAGGGAACCCGCCUGAAGUCCAGCAGCCGUUGGCGCAUGAGCAGCAAGGGCCGUGUGCACGGCCUCACCAUCUCCAACCUCACCCUAGAGGACACGGGCACCUACUCGUUCUCCGCGGAGAAUGCUAGAUCGUCAGCAAGAUUAACUGUGAAAGAAACUCCAGUGACUCUUCUGAAAAAGCUUGAGGAUGUAAGAUUCCCAGAGGCCUCAGCGGUUACCAUGGAGUGUGAACUAUCAAGACAUAAUGUAGAGGUUAAGUGGACGAAGGAUGGUGUGGAACUGAAGCCCGGCAAGAAUCAUCGAAUUUAUUCCAUGGGACGGAAGCGUUUUCUUCAGAUCUUACGCUGUGAGAUGGACGAUUCUGGUGUUUACAUGUGCGACGCUGGAGACACCAGCACUAGCUGCUCCUUGGAAGUAUAUGAACCUGAGCUCGAGGUCAUCCAGAGCCUGGAGGAUCUGGAGAUCCAGGAGGAUGAGAACGCUGUGUUCAUGUGUGAGCUGUCUCUGGACAACAUCCCAGGAGAAUGGUUCAAGAAUGGCGAGAAGAUCAAACCCACCAGCACCAUCAGGAUCCGACAGGAAGGAACCAAGCACUUCCUCCUGAUCUGCAAUAUCAAGGGAGAGGACUCGGGGGAGAUCAAAUUUGUUGCCAAAAAUAUUGAGUCUACAGCUUACCUGGAAGUAGAGGAACUCCCAGUAAAUAUAGUUCAACCACUGCAGGACAAAAUUGCUCUAGAAAAGAGCCGCGUCCUUCUGGACUGCACUGUGUCCAAUCCACGGUGCAGUAUCCGCUGGUACAAAGGCAGCAAUGUGGUCCUGCCAUCCGAGCGCUUUGAGAUCUGCAGUGAAGGCUGCUACCGGAAGCUUGUGAUCCAGCAGGUGGCGCUAGAAGACGAGGGAACUUACAGUGUCCAGGUUGGAGAUUAUUCGUGCUCCGCCAAACUGACAGUAGAAGCCCAGUCCCUGCUGAUGGUGCGCGAGCUGCAGGAUGUGGAGGUGGCGGCCCCUGACGAGGCCUGCUUUGAGUGCGAGGUCUCCAUGCCGGUGACCAAGGCCCCAGUGUGGACGCUCAAUGGGGAGAGCCUGCAGGCUGGCCCUCGGGUCCUGCUGGAGAAGAUGGGCACCGUCCAUAAACUCACGCUGAGGCAGACGUCAGCGGACAUGACCGGUCCUGUCCAAUUCACGUCCGGAAAAGCCAAGAGCACUGCCAACCUUGUGGUUAAAAGUGAUCUUUGAAAUAUGAAAUUGUUGCCGGCUAAUGUCCCUGAAGAGGAUCUGCAUUAAUAUAGAUUUUGAAAGGAUAUUCAGUUUUCUUACUCGUUAAACUGGGGUUGAAACUGAAAAUUCUGUCAAACGUGAUGACUUGAAUCUAUUAGAAUAUCAUGUGAUCAACUGAUCUGCUGCGUUGCUUAAAUCAUCUGGAGAAGGGCACUACAUACACAAAGCAUCUGAAAAAUAACAGUGAGCCCAUGUGAGGGAUUCUCAAAAGGUUUGAAGUUUAAUUUCAAUCUUAAUUUUUUAUGUUUUGUAUUUGUAUUCAUAUGUUUAGGAUAAUCAAAAGAAACCAAACAUUAUUAUAUAAUUGUCAACAACUAAACUUGGUAUAUAUUUUAUUUUCAUUAUAUUUCAUUUAUUAUACAACGACAAUAUACCAUGAUAUUAUCCAGGUCUUCUCAUAUUUGAUUCUCAAUUUUUAGUUCUAUCCAAUGAUCAGUUAUUUUGUCAAAUGUAAGUUCAUUGAUUGAUGUAUAUUUGUAUUUUUGUCCUUUGUAUAGAUUUUUUAAAAGAAAAAUACAUAGUCUCUGGGAUGCAGGCUUAAGGGUAUUGUGAAGCAAGUCAAGGGGGGCCGUCUAGUUUGAAGCAUGCUAUGUACAUACAGCGGGCCAAAUGAAAGGUUAACUUAGAAUGGUUGAUAACUGAAACAUAUUACUUAUUAUAUCACGUGACUUUUCAGUUGCAUUUCACAAAUAAGUAUCGAGCAUGUACUAAUCAAUUAAGCUCUAUUCCUAUGUGGAAGCUGUCUUUUCUGAAUUCCAUUAUUAUCAUUUUGUUUCAAGCACCCUCAUAGUUCUGGAUUUAUUGCAUCUCUGACUGUUUCAUUUGUUUUGGAAGUAUCUUUCAAUAAAAGCUUUCUUCAGCCA